AUGUUCCUUACGACUCAAAUAUUAUAUAUAUGUUUUUAGUCUACACCCUUUACCCCCUGUAACUGCAUUUAAAAUGCAUACUUACUAAUAAAUUCGCAGUAAUAGUUGUGCAUUUUUUUAUUUAUGUGCUUAUUAUUUUUGUAUUCAGUGACAAUUUUGAGCUACCUGAUGCGAGUCCAAGCGAUUUAGAUGGCAAAGAAAAUGAAAAGAACGAAAAUAUAUUCAUGCAAAAUAAUGCUUCGUACACGACACUAGUUGGCGCCUCCUCACUGCCAUCUUCUGGUAAUAAUAGUAGUGAUGUAAUAGAAGACAGUGAUCUUGAAGUUACCGAAGCUUCAAAAGCUAUUUAUUCACAUAAAAUACUUGCUGUUGCCAUCGAUGAACCUUCGACUUCUGGUCAACUUGAUAACUACAUGCUUCCAACUGAUCCUUAUGUUGCUCAAACUGCUGUAACUACUGUCUCGAAUAAUAUACAUACUGUUACCAUAGAUGAACCUUCAACAUCUAGGCAGCUUGAAAACUCCAUGCUUGCAAAUGAACCUUAUAUUGCCGAAAAUCCUGAAACUACUGUUUCGAGUAAUAUACUUACUGUUGAUAUUGAUAUAACUUCAACCACUGAUCAGCUUGAUAACUCCAUGCUUGCAACAGACUCUUAUAUUGCCAAACCUGCAGAAACCACUGUAUUGCGGGAGAUAGGUGUUGGUGACGUUGAACCUUUAACAUUUCAUCAACUUGAAGACUGUGCUUUGUCUGUGAUUUCAUCAGGACCUUAUAUUAACAAAGUUACUCACACUAAUUUACCUACUAACACCAUUUUGUCUACGCCUACCAUUAGUAGCUAUGAUUCAGGAAUCAAAGCUUGUGAUUCUUUGGAAAAUACAGUUCAAACACUCGGCAAUAUCAAGGGAUCGUUUAUACAUGAAAGCAGCUUCCACCUUGAUCCGGGUCACUCUUCAAGGUGUGUAUCAACACCUAAUGUAAAUAGCUCACUUCAUGCCCAAUUUAGUACAACUAUCAAAACAAGGUGUAAAAAAAGUACAUUAAAAUCUUACGCUGAUUUUCUUUCUGAUAACGAAGAAUUUUCUUCAGGCAGUUCUAAUUUAUGGAGUCCAAAUGAAUCAGAUACUUCAAAAAAUAGCGGUUCUGCAAAGAAAUGCAAAAAAACGAAAAAAAGAAAACGAAAUGAUCUAGAAUUCGGCCAAUCACUAAAUAUGCGCUUAAAAAAGCCAAACAAAGGUAAAUUACAAAAAAAACGCAAGGAUGCUGGACUAAGUUAUGAAACUAAAUUGGGUCAAGUAAAAGAAAAAAAGACUAUUAAAGAAAAUCCGUGUUUACCAGAUAAAUGCUUCAGAAAAUGCUAUGAAAUAUCAGAGGAUAGAAGAAAAGGCUUAUUUGACCAUUUUUGGAACCUCGAUGUACAACGCCGGCGAGAUUGGAUUGUAAGAUGUGUACAACCAAGCAUUAUUAAGAGAAAAAAGACUAAAUUAGUAGAAAGUAGAAGGAGUCUAACAUACGAAUAUUAUAUAAAUGAAGGUGAAGGAUCUAGACAGGUCUGCCAGCAAUUUUUGCUACAUACCUUAGAUAUAACACAAAAAAUUAUUUUAUAUACAAUAAAGCAUUCAAUAGAAGGUAUGGCGAGCCAAGAAAAGAGAACCUGUAACGCACCAAAAUAUAGUGAAGAAGCAAAAGACUAUGUUCACUCUUUUAUAAAAACGCUACCUGCAGUUCCAUCUCACUACUGCCGAAAGAAAAGUUCAAGCCUUUAUUUGCCACAAGAAUAUAGAAAUGUUACAAAUUUGUAUAGGAUCUAUCUAAAAAACUGUCAAGAAAAUUCAAAAAUACAUGUGAGUGAAAAGGUUUUUGUUGCUAUUUUUAAAAAUGAUUAUAAUAUACGUUUUCAUACGCCAAAAAAAGACAAGUGCGUACUCUGCACAAAAACAGAAAACAAAGAUAUAUUAACAGAGGAUGAAAUAAAUGAAAUUGAAAUUCAUUUGAAGGAAAAAAAAGCUAGCUACCAAAGAUUUAAUACUCACCAGAAUUUGAUCUCAAAAGAUACACUCACUAUAAGUUUUGAUUUACAGAAAGUGCUGAAUACUCCAUAUGGAGAAAGUAUGCUACUAUACUACUCCAGAAAAUAUGCCUUUUAUAACUGUACAUUCUAUGAGAGCCAAACUAAAAUUGGACAUUGUUACUUGUGGGGAGAGAGUGAUGGUAAACGUGGAGGUAACGAGAUUGCAACUUGUGUUUAUAAAUUUCUUCUUGAAAUUGAUAAACGUGUCAUCAAAAAUGUUUUAUUGUAUUGUGACUCAUGCCCAGGGCAGAAUAAAAAUAAAAUAUUGCUCACCGCGAUCCAUCAUUUUUUGAAGAUUUCUAUAAAUAUUCAAGUAGUACAGAUAAAUUAUUUACUUCCUGGACAUACAUACAUGCCAGUAGAUUCUAUGCAUGCCGUUAUUGAAAGGGAGACCAAGCGAAUUAUCGUUUGGGCUCCGAGCCAAUGGCCAGCAUACAUAGAAUCGGCAAGAAAACGACCUAAACCAUACCAAAUAAAUGUUUUGGAACAUUCCGAUUUCAUUAAUUGGGAUAACUUGGUGUCUGAAACAUUUACUGAUAUCACUCAAAAACAGCUACAUUUAAAAAAGAUACGAAUAGUGACAUUGAAGAAACAUAAAGACAAAAUUGUAGAGGUGAAAUAUUCCAUGAAAGAAGAUGAAAAUCCGCAAAUAAUAGCAUUAAGUGAACGAAGAAGAAAAAAUUUUAGUGCUGGAAAAGGAAAAGGUAAUAGAUCAAAGACAGGGAAAGGAAAAAAGGAAGAAACAAUUUCUGAAGUUGUAGAAAACCAAGAUCCAAAUAACAUUGUUUUGCCAAUAUUGUAUGAAAAUCGUCUUCCUAUAUCAGUAGCUAAGUUUAAUGAUUUGAAAAAAUUAUGCAAUAAUGGAAUUAUACCGAAACGUUUUCAUAAAGAAUAUCUAGAGCUACCGUCUUUGGCAUUGGUUAGAGAUGCUCUUCCCGAGACUGAUGCGGAGGAGGCUAAGGAUGAUGAAUAAGUAUUUGCAUUCUUUAGAGAAGUUGAUUCUAUUAUUACAAAAUAUGGGUCAUGUGUAUUUAAGACUCCAGUAAUUUAGAAUUAUUAUUGUUUGUGUAUUAUGUCAUGAAUGUUUUUAUAGAAGAGAUAUCUACAUUUUUUGUUAUUUUGAUACUGAAAAUUAUUUAACAUACUACAAACUCAUGGAUGAUUGUAUUAAAUACUGAAUUAAGUAAUUAUUCUUUCUUUUUCAUACGUAAAGGAACAUUAUUUUUCUUUUAAAGAAUUUGAUUUCUUCUUCGAAUGUUAUUUUUUUGUUUGAUUUACUCUAAUAAAAAGACAAUAAAAUUGUAGUAAGGGUUUUAUUUCACAAAAUUCCAUAAGUUUUGACCUUCUAUUACCCUUCAUAUUUAAGUGAUGUGACAUUUAUAACCUAAAACGCUAGUUUAAUUUGAGUAAAAAUGUCCUUUACAACCUAUGCAACCUUAAUAAGCUAAGGGUGUAUAGGCGUUUUAUUCAUUUUUGGUGGGACGUAAGGGACACCUAUCUUUGAAAGUAGUAGACCUACGUUAAUUUGGAUAAAACUAUUAGAAAAAGCACAAAAAAAUAGAUCAGUGGUCCUUAGACACCUUUAAAAUCAGAUUACAAAUAAAAAAGUUAUAACGAAUUUCAGACAAAAAAAUAUGUUUUUUGGCUCUCCUGAAAAGUGAUGGUUUGUCCCUUACGACAAUUGAAAUUUCCGGUAUCGAUAUAAUUUAUCAAUAUUCAGUUUUUCACACAAACAUUCCCGUAAAGAUGUUUUUUACUUUCAGUAGAACAGUCUUUUAGAAAUCACUCGAAUGAAUGCAGGGUCGGAAUGGUUAGGGACAUAAUAAAAGGAUUCCACGCGAAUUUCUCAUUUCAACCAAAGUUGUUUUUUUUUACUGCGAGCACAAAAUGAACAUUCUUCCUUUUGUCUAUACAUACUGGUUAUGUUAAAAUCGUGUCAAAUAUAAUCGUAAUUACUGCUAUAUCUAAUUGAACAAUUUGCUUGGAAUCCUGGUGAUGUAACGAUGUGACUUAGAUUAAAAUAUACUACAUAAUAUAGUGAAGUGAGUAUGUAUACCUACCGUGUUAUUUGUAUGUAGGUAUGUGUUUACCUACGUGUACAUAAUAUGUUAGUGCGGUUGUAAAUUAGAUUUUUAUAGAAUUUAUGAACAAAACAUAAUUGAGACAGAUGUAAAGAUCUCCUGUAGUUCACACGUAGUUCUUAAUUAUUGUAAGUUUGUUGAAAUAAAACUUUAACUAUAUUACCUUUUGUAAUAGCAAGGAAAAUUUGUUUCAGACAUCAAUCUACAUAUAUACUAUUGUAGAACCAAGUCAUCUUUGGAAAAUUGCAACGUUUUAGAAAAAAUAAAGGUAUCCUUUUGUCUAAGUUAUUACACAACAACAAUAAAAGUAAUCUUCACAAAAUAGAUUACAAAUGUAUGGAUAGAAAAUAGAUACAAAAUAAAAUCGAUAGGGCGUCCUACUGAAAACUGAAGAGUACAAUUUCGCAAAUGCGCCAUCGCUCUACGAUGGUGAAUUAAAAAACAAUUUCGCAAUCCUACAUCAUUACGAUUGUCGACGACCAUGACUCAGUCGUAGGUAGAUACUUCCUCUACACCCUCUGUCGACAUUCCAAUGCAAACUGCAAGAAUUUUCGCAAUUACAACAGUUUUCUAUUGGAAACCUUUUAAAAUAAUACAUUUUGGUGCUUAAACAGGGCCCCUGCAUCUGUCUCAAUUAUGACAAUAUUUUUAUAUUAAAAUUAUAUAAAGAAGAAAAUUGGCAUAUGGUAUAUCUAUGAUAAUUCAGCGUCACGUAUUAUUCGGCAUGGUAUUUUAUUUUCAUUUAUGAACAUUUUCUCAAUAAUAAUUAGAGUACGAGGGGGUUGUUUAGUGUAAUGAUCAAAAUUAUAUACUCAGUUAGUGAAUAAGAAAAUGAUUUUCUUUAUCAAAGAUUUAACAUUAUUGCCGUUACGAUGAAAACCAAAUAACUAAGUAUAAUUUUGUUUGUGGAGCUCAUUUUGACAUGAUAAAAUCCAUCACAAUGUUUCUAUAAUUGACUUCAUGUGGUAUUGUUGGAAAUCAAAAUAAAAUAUUAAGACAAUAUUUUGACAUUAAGACUAUUUUGCGGGUGGUCCGCCCUGUGACCACGAAGGCUGCAGUCUUCGAAACGUCGGGAGAAAAUUAUAAUAUAGAAACUGCAUUAAAAUCUGCAAAAUAGUUUUAUUUCAAUUAACAUUCGCGUAUACAUAGAAAUCGUUACAAUAUUUUGAUUUUCAAUAAUAUAAUUUCAUUUAAACACUGCCUUUUGUCACAAUUACUAAAAUUGGGCAUAUCGACAUCUAUAAAGAAUAUAUUAUUGUUUUUCUGCAAGAAAUUAUGUAAGGUGCAUAUAGACCCAGCGUUUUUGGUACCUCCUACUAAAUACACUCGAAUAAUUACUACUUAUAUAAUUUCCUUAUUCCUGCUUUUACUAACUAUUUAUUUCUGUUUAAAUUAUAAUAUCCUCUAUUACAAACACCCGUACACUUUAAGUACAAUCAGCAAAAUAUAAUUUCAUGUGACAUCAACGAAUGCAAUUACUUUUCUUUAACUUAAAUCUCGUUAGAAUUAAACAUGUAGUUAAGUUAUAUAUUAAGUUCUCGAAGUUAAUCGCCCGAGAUGAAUGUUUGCAAUGUUUUUAUCACACAUAGAAGUGAAAAAUAUUUUAUCGUGUAAGAGAAUUGUUAAACUUGUUUAAUUUCAUAUUAGUUGUAGUUCUAGUAUGUGCCUAGUUUUAAUUUUUAAUUAAGUAUAUGCUUUUUGUUUUAAGUAUAAACUGAAUGGAGAGAACAUACUGCCAAUUUUCACCGAUUAACACGUGUAUACUUUGUUUUGUCUGAUUUAAUAAUUUUGUUUUCGAGUCCACUCUGUGCCAUAGGAAUAAGAUGUAUUUCGUAAAUGGAAUAUUGUCUUUUAUAUUAUUCGGAAUUUAUAAAAUGAAAAUUAUACAUUUAUAAAAAUAUAUGACGAAUUGAAAUCAUUUUUUUGUAAAUAUACAUAAAAUCAGAUUGUUUUAUAUAUUUAGAGAUUAAAUUACUGUCAAUGAA